GUGACAGAUGGCCACAUUGGGUUUUAACUCUGGGCUGAUUAGAGAUUUACGCGUUGUUUACAACUCGGGAGGUAAGGUUUACCAUUAACCCUGAGUCGGACUGCUGAUAGACGCCUGGCAAACCCAUGUCCUCCCCGGAAAUAGCCUCCCUCUCCUGGGGCCACAUGAAGGUGAAGGGCUGCUCCUCCAGCUACAAGGACUGCAAGGUCUGGCCUGGGGGCAGCCGGGCCUGGGACUGGAGGGAGACGGGGACCAAUCAUUACCCAGGAGUGCAACCCGCUGACCUGGACGAGGUGCUGAAGAAGGGAAUAGAGCUGCUGGUCAUUGGAAGAGGCAUGAGUGAAGCUCUACAGGUCCCUUCUUCCACUCUGGACUUUGUGAAGCAGAAAGGCGUUGAAGUCAGAGUCCUCCAGACUCAGAAGGCUGUGGCUGAAUACAACAAACUGGCCGGUCAAGGCGCCAAAGUGGGCGGAGUCUUCCACUCCACCUGCUGAGGAGGCCUUCCUCGACUCCAUUAAACACCUUUUAUAUCGGAUUGCUCGUCGUGUCGAGAGCUUUUCUCUGCAUCAAUGCACUAUAUGCAAUGUGGUGAAACUGAAACACAGCAUGGAGACUGCUGGUUGAGAUCUGUAUUUAUUUACUCCAUCUCUGCUGCGGCUGAAUUGCUUUAAAAAGGGAGUCAUCACCUGGUGUUCACACCUUUUCAGGUUAAAACUUGUGUGCUGGUGUUGGGCCUCAGUUACAACCUUUCACACAUUGUUUUCUGUGUGUGUGGGCCAUAAAAAACCAGAAGAGAGCGCUCUCUCUACCAAGCGAGAUUUUGGCACGUACCCUCGGGUCAUGAAGAAGGGUCAGAAUGAGCUCCAUUUUAAAAGAAGACUCCUAAACAUGACUUUUAAACAGAUUUUUAGGAUUGUAUCUGUAAAAUACCAGGUUAUGACUUCUUUAAGGUUCAGACAGACCUGUGUUGAAAUGCUGAAAUCAGCUGGUGCCUCACUUUGAUGAGGAAUUCAUUCCCAGCAACCAGCAGCUGUCUAAACCUUUAUGUGUUUUCUUUAAAAGGGAAAUAAAAACUGCGAUGAUUGUGCUUAGAUGCAUUUAAACGAUGAACAUGGAUUAAAAAAUAUCAGUAAAA